AAUUUCCCCCUUUUUUUUUUUUUUUUUUCCUCUCUAGCUAAGCUACAUCUCGAGGACGACGGAAGAAACCAGAGAGAUAACUCUGCGACGACGGCUUUAAUGGUGUUGUUGGUUCGUUGAAGUGUGUGUUCUUCCAAUUGUGAGGAGAGAGGAGAAGAUUUGGAUUUUGGUGAAUUUUGUUUGUUUCUGUUGUCGCUUUCUACUGUUUGCAUCGAAGGAGUUUGAAAUUGAAACCCUAGUGUUUCGGCUUUUUUUUUGUUUUAUCGAAUUGUGGCUGGGUUUCGUAUCGAGGCUGGAUCUGAGAUUAUGCUGUUGAGGCAAUGGAGGCUUCUUUAGCGGCUUUGGAGCGGCCCCGAGGUGCAGCUUCUAAUACGGUUUUUAAGAGUGGUCCACUUUUCAUAUCAUCUAAAGGAUUGGGUUGGACAUCUUGGAAGAAACGCUGGUUCAUCCUCACACGUACUUCUUUGGUCUUCUUCAAAAAUGACCCUGGUGCACUACCACAGAAGGGUGGUGAAGUUAACUUAACCCUGGGUGGCAUCGACUUGAAUAACUCUGGAAGUGUUGUGGUAAGAGAGGAUAAAAAAUUGUUGACGGUAUUAUUUCCAGAUGGGCGUGAUGGGAGAGCUUUCACUCUUAAGGCUGAGACAUUUGAAGAUUUGUACGAGUGGAAAACUGCGCUUGAGCAGGCUCUUGCACACGCCCCUAAUGCAGCACUCAUCAUGGGUCAAAAUGGAAUAUUCCGUGCUGAAUCGAAUGAGGCUAUCGAAGGGCGGGAUAAGCGUCCAUUAAAAUCCUUGGUUGUUGGAAGACCAAUCUUACUUGCUCUUGAAGAUAUUGAUGGAAGCCCAUCAUUCCUUGAGAAAGCUCUACAGUUUAUUGAGAAGUAUGGAACUAAAAUUGAAGGAAUACUAAGACAGUCCGCUGAUGUGGAGGAGGUGGAACGUAGAGUUCAAGAAUAUGAACAGGGCAAAACGGAGUUCACUUUGGAUGAAGAUCCGCAUGUUGUUGGAGACUGCAUUAAGCAUGUAUUGAGGGAGUUGCCUUCUUCUCCGGUUUCAGCAUCUUGUUGUACUGCCCUGCUGGAAGCUUACAGAAUCGAGUCUAAGGAGGCUCGCAUUAGUUCAUUGCGCUCUGCGAUAGCGGAAACAUUUCCUGAACCUAAUAGACGUCUACUACAACGGAUUCUGAAAAUGAUGCAUACUAUCUCGUCUCAUUCCCACGAUAAUCGAAUGAACCCAAAUGCUGUAGCUGCUUGCAUGGCUCCUCUGCUUCUACGUCCUCUACUGGCUGGUGAAUGUGAUUUAGAGGACGAUUUUGAUAGCGGUGAAGACAAUUCUGCUCAGCUUCUUGCUGCUGCUAAUGCUGCCAAUAACGCCCAAGCCAUCAUUACAGUUCUCCUGGAGGAUUAUGGAAGUAUUUUUGAUGAAGAAAAUAUUCAAAGAUGUUCGAUUUCGACUGAAUCACAUAUUGGAAAUAGUGGGCCUGAUGAUUCGAGUGAUGAUGACAACAACGUGAAAAAUGAAUAUCACAAUGCAGAUAAUGAAGUUGAACAAGUGACAGAUGAUGAUAAUGAGCGUGCAUUGAGCGGAAAAAUGAGUGAAAGCAGCGGUUGCACAGGCAGUGAUCUCUAUGAAUACAAGGGAUUUGUUGCUGAUGACUCUGAUAUUGAAUCACCAAGAGACAUAAAUGGUCCAAGAUGUAAUUCAAACGUACGAACAGAUCAUCUUAUGAGAAAUCCUUUUGUCAACUCCACGGAUCAACAAACUGGAGAGCAGAUAGGUGAUAAUCCAACGAAAUACGGAGAAAACUCACGUAUUGUACAUGUUAGUGAGUCUUAUCAAUCAUCAGGGACAGUUUUAAAUGUACCCACUCAUGGGAACACUUUGGCUUCUCCUGGUCUUGAAGCAUCAAGUGAGAAAUCCGUGAAUAAAGGCACACCCUCCUCUGUUCAUGCAAAGCGCGCAACAUUCUGGGGUCGUGGCAGUGCCCGAAAGAUAUCCACAGAUGGAUCGUUUGAUUCUUCAGGAGAAGACGAGCUUGCUAUACAGAGGCUCGAGACCACGAAAAAUGAACUGCGACAACGAAUUGCAAAAGAGGCUAGGGGUAACGCAAUAUUACAGGCUAGCUUGGAGAGAAGGAAGCAAGCACUGCAUGAACGUCGUUUGUCGCUUGAACAAGAUGUGUCAAGAUUACAAGAACAGCUGCAAGCCGAAAGAGAUCUCCGAGCAGCACUGGAGGUUGGUUUGAGCAUGUCCUCUGGACAAUUCAGCUCACAUGGUGUGGAUUCGAAAACAAGGGCUGAGCUUGAGGAAAUUGCUCUUGCUGAGGCUGAUGUGGCCAGGCUGAAGCAGAAAGUUGCAGAACUGCACCAUCAGCUUAACCAGCAACGUCAGACUCACUUUGGUUCCUUCUCCGAUGCGCGCGAUACUCAUCAGUAUCUCCAGAAUCACAAUUCUCAAAACUCUGCUCAUUUUCUCUUUCCCCAGAAGACAAUAAUGAUCUUACUUAAUUCUUUUGGGCAACAGUCUUGUCUUGUGUGUAUAUAAAAAGUAUUUUGUAAUGCAUUUUUUUUUGUGUGUGAUUGGUUAUGUUCAUAAGUGAUAACUUUAAAGGCGUCCCCGUCCGGCUCUUUGUGCUCUGAGUUUCUGACCAGCCAACUAACUGAAAGUCUCUUACUUUUCAUUUGUA